UGCAAGCAUUACAUAUUCCUCCUCUAGCAUUCACCUAUAUUAUUAGGUUAGUCACACACUCAAUUCAUAAGUACUACUCACAUUUCUAUCUCCCUCUAUCUCUGAAACAUCUAGCAAAUGGGUUUGAAGCACUCUUCUUCUUCUUCCUUUUUCUUCCUUAUCCUUUUCUUCUUAUUCCUUUCUUCUCAAGUCUCCUCACAAGCCUGCCUUAAAACAUGCGGCCAAAUACCCAUCAAAUACCCGCUUGGAACCGGGUCUGGUUGCGGUGACCCACGUUUCACACGUUACAUCAAGUGCGACCCAGACCAACAGACUUUAACGCUCACCACCCACACAGGCUGCUACCCUAUCACUUCCGUCGACUACGCCAAGCAAACCAUUUACGUCACGGACUCGUCGAUGUCCACGUGUGCAUGUACCCGACCCAGCCAAGGAUUCGGGUUGGACUGGGACGCGCCGUUUUCUUUCCACGACGACACCGUUUUUACGCUGCUGGACUGUUCUGUUGACGAAUCCCCUGUUUUCAAGCCGUUAAGUAACAGUACCGGACGUGUCUCUCUAUGUGACCGUCAAAGCUCCUCCAUUUGCAACUUCUUGUACUCUAAUUGCAGGGCGAUUAGUCUGAUCAACCUCCAAGAAUCAACUUGUUGCGUCUACGUACCUCUAGAUCUCGGACCAUCGUUUGAAAUGGAUCUACAGAAGCUCCGGUGCUCUUCUUACUCCGGUUUCUACAAUCUUGGUCCGGCCCAAGAAUCUCACCCUGAAAAUUGGAACUAUGGAAUCGCACUCAAGUACAAGUUCAACGUCUUCGAUGAGUACCCUGCCGUGUGUGGUGGCUGCGAGCGUAGUAACGGUGCUUGUGGGUACAACACUCAGACUAGCUCCUUCGUUUGUAAUUGUCCCGGUGGGAUCAAUACGACGUCAGAUUGUUUCUUCCUUUAUAACUCGGCUUCUAUUGUUCUUCCUUGGUUUUCAAGAGAAUGGGUGAUGUACCUUUUGGCAUGGGUGGUUCUUUGGACAGUGAUGAGUCUUCCUUGAAGGAGUUAAAGGCUUUCGCGUUAGUACGUACCAACUUGGGAGCAUCAAGGAUUAAUGGUUCUCGUAGAGAAAGCUUAAUGAAUGAAAUCUUUGCUUUUUCUUUCUAUAUUCUUUGUGAUAUCUUCAUGGUAUAAGAUUCUCUAUUGGUUCUCUGUGUUACUACUGUCUAUCAUAGAUGGAAUGGUUCGUAAAGAAAAAGAAAAUUCGUUUCACAUA